AUUGCAGCAGGGCAGUGUUGUAUUAUGGAAACUGCAGCACCAAACUGAGAUGUUCAUUUUAGAGACAGGAGAUCUAUAAGCAGAUUGGACGAAAUCCUCAAGAUGAGGUCCUUCUCCUUCAGCAUCUUCUUCCUUGAAUGGUGGCUGACCAGGCAGAGAUGGACAGCUAGAGGAUACUAUAAAGCCAAACCUUCCAUCUUGGUGAUCCCCAGUGCGACGGUAGCUCUAGGGGGAAAUUUCACCAUCCUCUUCCAUAAUGAACAAUGGUCAGAUUUCAGUGAUGAAGUACACAUCUACAUAAGAGAACAGUUUUACCCCAAGCCGAAUGUCUCAGUGAGCCCCAGUCAAGUGGUUGCCGUGGGGGGAAAUCUCACGAUCCACUGCAAGAAUGAAUACUAUCAAGAAUCAGAGUUCUAUCUCAUCAAAGAAGGUGAUCUGGAUGUAUUGCAAAAGAAGAGGCCACGCAGGAAUUUGGCAGUAUUUCCCAUUACCAACGCCAAAGCAUCUGAUGGGGGAAUCUACUGGUGUUAUUAUGGUUUCCUUGCAAGCCCUGAUCAGCGAUACUCAUGUUUCAGUGACAAAGUCUACAUCAACAUAACAGAUCCUGCUCUCAACAAACCCUCCAUCAGAGUGAGACAGAAGGGACCGCAUGCUCUAGGCGCAAAGGUCCAAAUCCUCUGUGAGGGGCCAGAGAAGGGUCUGAACUUCUACUUCCACAAAUCCAUGGAACUGAUAGCAUCACAGAUGGCAAAAUCGGAGAGUUACAUGACCACAUUCACCAUCAACAUGGUCAGGCUGGAGGACGCAGGGAGCUACACUUGUCAAUAUCACCUCAGAGGAAAUCCCUUUGUGUGGUCAGAGCCAAGUGACCCUGUUGAGCUGGCUGUGAGGGCAGACUCACCUGUCGGGAACAUCAUCCGUCUGGCGGUGGCUGGCUUGGUCUUGCUGGUCUUGGUGUUGAUUGUGGCUGAGGCUGUCUAUCUUGCAACUAAUGGGAUCAUCUUUCCAGGAUGGUGGCUGACCAGGCAGAGAUGGACAGCUAGAGGAUACUAUAAACCCAAGCCUUCCAUUUCAGUGAUCCCCAGUGCGACGGUAGCUCUAGGGGGAAAUUUCACCAUCCUCUGUAAGAGCGAAGGGCACCAACGAACAGAAUUCCAGCUGUACAAAGAAGGGCCUCCUGCAUCAUUACAACUGCUCCAUACCGAAUUGACAGAGAGAGAUGAGGUUCUAUUUCCCAUUGUGAAUGCCCAACAAGCGCAUGGGGGGAUUUACCGCUGUAUCUUCCAAUCAGUCCAUAAUGAACAAUGGUCAGAUUACAGUGACGAAGUACACAUCUACAUAAGAGAACAGUUUUACCCCAAGCCGAAUGUCUCAGUGAGCCCCAGUCAAGUGGUUGCCGUGGGGGAAAAUCUCACGAUCCUCUGCAAGAAUGAAUACUAUCAAGAAUCAGAGUUCUAUCUCAUCAAAGAAGGUAAUCUGGAUGUAUUGCAAAAGAAGAGGCCAAGCUGGAAUUUGGCAGUAUUUCCCAUUACCAACGCCAAAGCAUCUGAUGGGGGAAUCUACUGGUGUUAUUAUGGUUUCAUUUCAAUCUCUGACCAUCGAUACUCAUAUUUCAGUGAGAGAGUAUACAUCAACAUAACAGAUCCUGCUCUCAACAAACCCUCCAUCAAAGUGAGACAGAAGGGACCACAUGCUCUGGGAGCAAAGGUCAAAAUGCUCUGUCAGGGGCCAGAGAAAGGUUUGAACUUCUACCUGUACAAAUCCAUGGAACUGAUACCAUCACAAACGGCAAAAUUAGAGAAGAACAUAACCACAUUCACCAUCAACAUGGUCAGGCUGGAGGACGCAGGGAGCUACACUUGUCAAUAUCAUCUUAGAGGAAAUCCCUUUGUGUGGUCAGAGCCAAGUCAGCCUGUUGAGCUGGUUGUGAGAGAUCCCAGCCUCUCCAAACCCUCCAUCAAGGUAAAACCCCGGGGAGAGGGUUCUCUAGGCAUGAACAUCACCAUUGAGUGCCAGGGGCCAGAGAAGGAUCUGAAGUACUUCCUGCUGAAAUCCAAGAAGCGGAUAGCACCACAGAUGACAAAUCCAGACAGAAACACAGCUGAAUUCUUGCUCUCCUUGAAGAGACAGGAGGAUGCAACAGACUAUACCUGUCAAUAUCACCGCAUUGGAAAUCCUUUUGUGUGGUCAGAGCCAAGUGACCCUGUUGAGCUGACUGGAAGUGGUAAGAAGCUGGCUUCAUGUGUUUCUUCUCCCUUCCUUCCAAAGUCCCGCUCCUUGCAAAUGGGCAUGAACCUUUGGGAUUAUAGGUGCACAGGCUAAACACUUCCAAUGGCAUCUGGGAGACAGAAUGAUG